AUGGAGUUGUGCUCCGGAAGUAGAACCACUGGAUUUCAAAGAAUUAGUACACUUCUUCAAUGCACGUCUUUUGCACAAGCAUUACUAAGAUUUAAGGUCUUCAGCAUUGAGGAAUCUCAUUCGCUGACUGCAGAAGCAUGGGAUGAACUUUCGGGUAUAUUUGAAAACAUAUGUAGUGCUACCAUGAUAGUUGUCCUGAUUGCUGGAGAAGCAAACAUGAUUCCAAAAACAAUAUCAUCAAAAUGUCAGAAAUUCUGUUUUCCAAGACUUAGUAGCAUGGAUGUCACAUUAAAGCUAUUAAGAAUUGUAUCCGAGGAGGCAAUUACAAUCGCAAAAGAAGCUCUGAAACUGAUUGUUGCCGAGGCAGAAGGAUCCUUGAAAGAAGCAGAACACAUAUUGGAUCAGUUAACCAUAUUGGGACCAAGAAUCACUAGUUCCAUGGUCCAACAACUUGUAGGUCUAGUUCCGCAACAUAAACUCGUCAACUUACUCAAAGCAGCUCUUUCUGGAGACAAUAAUAAGACUGUAACAAUUGCCAAGGAAUUGGUCGCAACUGGGAUUGAAGCUGAAGCCAUUGUAUUCCAAUUGACAUCUCUUAUUACAGAUAUACUCACAUGUGCUGCUAUCACUAUUCCUAAUCACUCAGCAUUUGCUGGGCCAUCCGAAGAUGAAGAACUACUUCAAACUGAAUCUCGACUGAUAAAUACUCAAUCAGAGAACUUGUGCUAUGCCUUAAAGAUAUUAGCUGAAGCGGAGAAGCAACCUAGAUCAUCAUUUGACCACAAUGCAUGGUUAUUUGCAGCACUUCUACAAAUUGCUUCAAGUGAUAAUUCUGGUGGAAUAUCCUUAGGAAUUGCCUUUCCAAAGAGGAUAUUUCUACCCUCGGGUGACACAAUCUUAUCCCACAGCAGAAAAUUGGCAAGUCAUCAUUCUACCAGUAAAACUUCUGUGCAACAAAAUGCAUGCAGCAGAGACCUAAACACAACUAACGCAAGCAUGGAUAAGAUAAAGGGAAAGGAGUUGAGAGGAGAUAUGAAAGAAUUCUUGUCCAGCCAUGUGAAGCUUGCAUCAUUAACAGUAUCCAGCGCAACAGCCAAUGUCAUUGUACAUUUGAUGUUCAAAAGAGCUGAAGAGAAGCUUACCGCCCAGAUGUCUGAAGAAAGCAUAUCAAAAGCUCUAGAAACUGCAAUUGGAUGCUCAGUGAUGGUAAAUAUGAGCUUAGAUCCAGCUGAAUUGGGGAUCAUCAAAGAAGAUAGCGGCUCUAACAACAACUGCCAGCCAGAAGAAUGCAAUCAUCCAAGAGAACGGCAGCGGCAAAAACCAUUUCCAGAGAAUGUAUAUACCGCAAAUUCUAGAGCCACACUACACCAAGGCAUAUAUAGGAAAUUGGGUUUUUCAUCAGUUAACAACCCACAGCUCAUUGAGUUGAAAGAUAGCACGUUGAUAUCUGAAAUGCAAGAAGCAAGAGAAAAAGAGGCACAGAGCCAGAUGUUGCCUUUUUCUCGAUCUCUGAUGCAGGAGAACCAAUUGAGAGCCCCCAUUGGUCCCACGACCAAUUCUUUGGGAAAGAAUCAAUUUUUACUAGACAUAGCCCAGACCUUAAGAAAGGAAGAGCCUAAACAUAAAUGGUUGUCGUUGUCCUCUUUUCAGCAAAAUGAUGCAAGUGUCGAGCCAUACAGGCAAGACAUAAUGUUCGAAAAUGCAAAUAUGGACAAAGAGAACGGAGCCAAAAAAGCCAAGAUCUCCCAAAAGGCUAAUCCCAAGUUCAUGAAGUUCACCUUUUGCAGGAGAACAGAGAAAGCAAAGGAUUAUUCAGCUCUUGGAGUUGCACGGAGUUGCUGUGUCAGAAGAAGACAAAUGAAAUUGUAA